AUGCCACGGAAGGCUGAUAAUGUGGUCCUCUCCUCCGAGGGCCCGGCGCCGCGGGACCUGAUCCGCGACGAGGCCCUGGACCGGACCCUCAAGCUGGCUGGCUACUUUGAAAGUGCAUCCGAGGCCGAGGACAAGCAGAACCUCCUGGCCACGCUGGAUCAAAUUGUCAAGAAGUGGGUCUACGACUGCAUGAUCACGCAGGGCUAUUCCCAGACACUGGCCUCGCGCGCCGGCGGCAAGAUCUACACGCUCGGCUCAUACCGACUCGGUGCCCACCAGCGAGUCCCCGAGGCCCGAGUCCCCAUCAUCAAGAUGAAGUUCUGCGGGGUGGAGAUCGACCUGCUCUUCGCCAAGCUGAACUUCGCCUCGAUCCCGGACAACUUCAGCCUCAUGGACCCGCGUGUGGACCAGGAGCACGACCAAAAUACCCUUCGGUCGCUGAAUGGCCCACGCGUGGCGCAGGAUCUCCUGGCCAAUGUGCCGAAUGCGCAGAACUUCUGCCAGGCCUUGCGCGCCAUCAAGCACUGGGCCCAACGCCGAGCCAUCUACUCCAACCCCCUGUGCUAUGUGGGCGGCAUUGCGCUGGCCAUCAUGGUCGGCCGGGUGGCUCAGCUCUAUCCGAACGCCUCGCCGUCGAUGCUAGUGCACAACUUCUUCCGCGUGUAUCACAUGUGGAAUUGGAAGAUCCCGGUCAUCAUCAAGAGCAUUGACUACUCCAAGCCAUUGCCGCAGUGGGCCCCGCCGCUGCCGAAUCGCGGCCCGCAGCCGGUCAUGCCGAUCAUUACCCCCACCUACCCAGUCAUGAAUUCCACCUACAACGUCACCCAGUCGACGUACGCCCGGAUGAAGGAGGAAAUCCGCCGCGGUGUGACCAUCCUCAACCGGCACGAUCCCAGCGCCGUCACCAAGCCCGCCGCCGGUGAGCCGUACGCCGCUGCCGACAAGGCUCUGCUGGCAGACUUCGACACCAAGAACCUGGAGGAGCUCUUCGACCACACGGACUUCUUCACACACUAUGGCCUGUAUUUGGAGAUUAUCGUGGCCUCGCGCGGGGACGCCGACCACGCCUCUUGGAAGGGCUUCGUCGAGUCGCGCAUGCGUGUGCUCAUCCACAACUUGGAGAAGGUCCCGAUUCUGAAGACCGCGGCUCCCUUCAACCGGGCCAUCCCCCACACCGACCCGGAUGCCCAGCGCCUGGCCAUGCUACCAUGCAAUCCGAAUGACCCGAACGAGCUGAAGACCAUGGGCGAAGGUCCGGUCAGCCAGAUGUCCUCCUUCUUUGUGGGCAUCUCCCUCAUGUCCAAGGCCGAGCGCAAGGCUCUGGCCUCGCGCACGGGCGACACGCAAUCCCUCAGCCUGACGGAGCCCUGCCGGGAAUUCAUGGUCAACCUUUUUGAGUACCAGUCCCGCUUCCAGGGGCUGAUUGCACGCUUCCGCCACUACCGCCAGGAAAGCCUGCCGGAGUUUGUCUUCGAGAGUCUGGGCCUCGGGGCGCCGGGCCGGCGGCGGAAGAAGCGCCGCGCCGCGGAUGCCGGGGAGACCACGCCGGAGACUGCGGCCGACGGGGCUGCCGGGGCCGAGACCUCGUCGCCGGAUGCCACCUCCGCCGGCUCGGCCGUGCCCGACAGCGCUGCCACCCCCGACAUCGAGCCGGAGGCCAAGCGCCAGCGGGUGGCCAGCUGA